CACGAGACGAUCGAUCGCAGCACGAUUUGGAGAACGAGCUCGAGCUUGGUUGUUGGUUGUUGUUUUGACAACGAUCGCGACGGCGACAAUUGCGACGAGUGACCGCACGUGUGAUCGUACCUGCCGGCGUGAAGCGAGUGUCGCGAGACGCGGAGAACGAGCGGAAAACGGAAAAGAAAAGCGAGUACAAUGAUGAUGAUGAUGAUGAUGAUGAUCAGCGGGACUUCCAUCGCAUCGAAGGUCACUAUCUGCAUUCUGCUUGGAUGCUGCAUGACGAUGCGAGUCACCGGCUCGGCGAUACCAAUGUGGGAAUUUCUCUCGAGAGAUGAGAAAAUGAGUCACCUCUAUGGACUAUUCAGCAAACAAGUGGCACGGUUUUGCGCCGAUUCCUCGAGGCCGGACUGCAACAAGAAUCUGCUCAUAUCCGGCAUACGAAGCCUCGCCAGCAUGGACGACAACGUCCUCGACAAGCUGGACCCCUAUCAGCGUGACGCGAAGGAAAUGAUUUGGCGCGCCAUGGUGGGAAGCAACAGAUUCUCGUCGAGAAUCAGCCACGAAAACGAUGACUCUUACUUCACCACCGGAGCCGACUUAUUAUUAGCGAACAGCGGCAGCGAGACAAACGGCCUCGGAGAGGAGACCGCGGCGAGCGGAGAUUACGUUCCGUCGGAGGCGAGCGGCCCGUAUCUGGCAGGUCCGAUGGUGAUCCGAGUCUACCCGGACGGUCGACCGGUCCCCGAGGAUCAAAAGCGUCCGUUGCCGAAGGACGAGGACGCGGACGAGCUCAGGUAUUCCCGUUUGCCGUCCAUCGAGGAGAUCGAAGCCAAGAGCGGCAGCGUGUUCUACGGGAAAAGCGGAAACGAGCCGUCAACGAUCAAGAGGAGGAUGUCCUACGCGGCUGACGACAAGGAACUUCGCCGACUGGACGCGGUGCAUCUUCGUGGUCAUCCACUGUCCUACGAAAGGACGAUAUUUCGAAGACCGUUAAACGAACGCAGAGUCCGUUACUAUUGAAAUGUCUCGUGACUCUUCUCUCUGAUACGAGAUACUUCCCCGCGGAAUAGCUCGUUCAGGCUUCGUGCCGCUUCCUGAUAAUGGGAUUUUUCGAGAAAAAUAUCGCUGAUGGGAAUA